AGAUCAAUUUACGUGGCAUCCUGUUUCACUUCUGAGCCGACGUGUUUGUAACAAACCGGGCAUAUUUAUUUUUAUUUGGUUCUUCAUACAACCAUAACUAUGUAUUUAAACAUUGCAAUAGGUGUUUUAAUUUCAAUAAUUAGUUUGAAAUCCAUCGACUGUUAUUUUAUUAACAUAGAUGCACACGCAGAAGAAUGUUUUUUCGAUAAAGUGACAUCUGGGACAAAAAUGAGUCUUAUGUUUGAGGUUGCUGAGGGUGGUUUUCUUGAUAUAGAUGUGAAGAUUUAUGGACCUGAUGGAAAAGUCAUUCACCAAGGAGACAGAGAAUCAAAUGGAAAAUACACAUUUGCAGCCCAUAUGGAUGGUGUUUACAGAUACUGUUUCAAUAACAAAAUGUCGACUGUAACUCCAAAGAUUCUCAUGUUUACUAUGGACAUUGGAGAGAAACCCAAAGAGACAGAUAAUAUGGAGAGUGAUGCAAAUCACAACAAGCUGACAGAGAUGAUCAAUGAGCUCUCCACAGCACUGACUGGAGUAAAGCACGAACAAGAAUACAUGGAAGUCAGGGAGAGAAUCCACAGAGCAAUCAAUGAGAACACCAACUCCCGUGUGGUCUUGUGGUCCUUCUUUGAAGCCCUGGUGCUGGUAGCGAUGACCCUAGGACAAGUGUACUAUUUAAAGAGAUUUUUUGAAGUCAGAAGAGUUGUUUAGUCAUGAAAAACUUUACUAUAGAUGUGUGUGUGUGCGUGUGAUUUUCCAUUCAGCCAGUGUAAAUUGUCGUAUUUAAGAAUUUAAUUAUGCAUGGGGAAAAUUUGUCAUAUAGACUGAACAAUUAUUAACUUUCAUUCACUCUUCAAGUUGAAAUCUAAAGUAAGAUACACUUAAAUCACUACAUGUUAAAGAACAGGGUAAUAUGUUGAUUUGUACUAAGUAAGUCCUAAACAAUAAACAAAUGAAUGUAUUGUGAAAACAGUUUGCCCUGAUUCAAAUUCUUCAUUUGAUUACCAUUGUACAAAGAUGUAGUGAGUGCUUGAUAAUGGCUGUGGGUAUGAAUGCUUUAGAAAAUGUGCAUAAUGUAAGCCUGAUAUCUCAUUUUCUACUGUUAGGCUACAUUAUUUUUUUUUUUUAAAGACUAAUGUAUUGAACUUUAAUUUAAGUAUGCUGGUUGGUUUCUAUUUCAUGAUUUCUAAUCAUGAGUAGAAAAUUUCAAAAGUUAAAAUUCAUUCCUUCACAUCAUUGUAUAGAAUGUACAUGUAUGAGUGGUUUCUUGUCAUUUUAAAUAUUUUAGUUCUGAAGUGUAUAUGAUUUUGACAUUUUUUUCAUUCCCUUUCUUUCUAGGUGACAGCUUUUUUGUUUUAUAUUUAAGGAAAAAAAAUGUUAGAUUUUGUUUUGCUCUAUAUUGGUGAACAGAACUUCACUUACCACGGAAAUAAUUUUUAGAUGAAAAUCUAUAUUUUGUGUCAGAUGUGUAUUUACCAUCUAGAAUACAGGAGGGAAAGAUUAUAAGAUUAUCAGUUGAAAUAGGUUGUUUUGAUUUAAUAUUUAUAAAAAUCAAAUGUAAUAACCUCGAAAAAUAUUUGUUUUGGUAUUGAAGCUUUAUUUUCUUCCCUAAAUUUUGGCUGCACAACAUAAACUGCCUUGUUUUACGAAGCAGCAUUAUCGUAACAAAUAUUGUUUCUUUUGUUGCACUUUAUGUAUCAUUAAAACUUAAGAAAAAAAAGA